CCCUGGUCACGUACUUCAAUGUUGUUGCUGCGAACAAAGACAGUACUUUCAUAGUCCGAAUAUAUCUGAAACACAAAUUUAAUUUUAUUAAAGAAGGGAUGUCGUACAGGUUCACAGACAUGAUUAAGAAAGGAGAUACUUACUGGGCUGUAAGUACAACUACAGUUGGUUGCAUUGCACCUCUCAAAAAUGUUGCCACAGCAGAUAUCGAACUCCCGGAAAAUGAAAAGGCUGAAGGAGCUCCUCGUAGUUUAAUGGAUGCACUCCAAUGUCCGCAAAAGUCCUCAGUGAAAGGGAAGAUUGUCCAGAUCUCUCCUCUGAAACGAAGAAGAAAUGGUACCCUCGUUGUACGAAGUAUCUCCCUUAAAGACACCUCAGGUGUAGCCAAGGUAUGCCUUUUUGAAGGCACAGCAGAAAUGCAGUUCGAGAGAGACCAAAUAUUGGAAGUCACCUCUGUAUAUCCUAAGAGUUUUCAAGGUGCACAACAACUAACCGGAUCAGUUAGCACAAAAUGCCAGUUUGUGCAGGAUGAAAAUUUCAAUGAUUUACAAGUAACGGAUGAAGAUUUCCUUGAAGACCAUGACUUCGAUGUAGAGGAGGAUCUGUCAAAUGGAGAUCCUUUUCAAGUAAUCAUGAUCUCUGAUGCUUACAGAUAUCUGUGCUGUCCAAGUCCAGGAUGUCGCAAAAAAAAAAAUUAUUGACAAGAAAUGUCCCAUUUGUAGUAAAGAAUCCAACAACACAUAUGGAAUCAGAAUCACUGUGGAAGCUCAAAAUUGUAAAACUAAUGAGAGCACUACAACGUCCCUUUUCAACGAUGAUGUGACCAAUUUGUUCACACUUGAUCAGGAUGCUCUAGCAAGUGCUGAUGACUUGCUCUACAAACUGUCGUUAAAGCUCCCUGUUUCUUUUACUGCUAAAAAGAUAGAUAACAGGUUCUACAACAUUGAUAAGAUGUAAAAAUCAUGUCCCCACUGUCUCCUCUUUCAUAAGGUGAUCUUUAACAUGUGCUUGAUUGCCCUCCCCUAACCAUUAUACUAAAAAAAAUAUUCAAGACCUCCAGAAAACAACUUUGUCCAUUA